AUGGAUAAUCCCGAUAGGGAUGACCAGCACUGUAAACACAGUGCUCCCCUACCCUCGUCGUCCCCGGGGGACCAGGAAGAAAACACCUCUUGUGAGGAAUUAACGACCCCGUCCGAAGAGGUGAAGAUAGGCCCGUCUGAGGAGCGAAAGCCUGCAUCACUAACGGAAACCGUGUUAAGGACUCCUUCAGGUGCCACAUGUGAGGAUUUGGAAAAGAAAGUGUCCGCCCUGGAGAUGCAGACUGAAGCCAGUGUAGAUGAGAGCUCCGCUGGUGAAGACUCUGCUUCAAACGAACCCUCUUAUCCAACUAAAUCUGAUUAUCUUUUUAUUGGGGAUCAUCAUGCCAAGUGGUGGAACUGGUACCAAAAGAAGUAUGGCUAUCUCUCCAAGCAUGAUUUCUUUACUGUCCAGUGUCUUGAGUGGGAGGUGCAAUCAUCAAAUGAUCUCCCAGAUGACAGUGACAGUGAUGAGGAAGAGUCGUCGUCGGACUAUGAGCAGGAGGCCAGAGAAGAGAGCAUGGUUAUGGACAUCCCUGGAGCCUUUGUGCCCUGCAACCCUGUUGUGAUGGAGGUGUAUCGCGUGGCCAUGAUGGAGUGGAAGCAUUUUGUCCUGGCAGAGAGGUUUCAGGAGAUGGACGGGCCUGGACUGAGCUGGGGGCUCCUGGCUCUAGUCUGCAAGAUGGGCGGAGUGGUCAGUGGCAGUGACAUUGCUGAGUUGCUGAUGCUGAAAAUGAAAACCUUUGCCAAGGCAGCUUCAAGACCCACGGCAGGAACCACCAGCAUAGCUAUGGCCCUUAUUGCUGGCAAGGCUGAGGAAGCUCUGGACCUGGCUAUGAGGCGAGGCUUGAUGCACCAUGCCUUCAUUCUCGGCAGCUUUGUUGGUAUUCAACCAUCUCUUUGGAUGAAAGGGUGCUUUGAUAGUGUCGAGGAUGCGGAUCCACUGAAGACGUACUAUCAAGUCCAGUUGGGAGAGAUCCCCUCCAUGGCCUCUGUGAGUGGUCAUAUGAACUUAUUCAUGGACUUAGCACACUGAACACUAUUAAUCACUGGGACUGCUGUUGUU